UAUUAUCGUUGAUAACAUUAAAAUUAGAGAUGUGAAUCUCCGAGGCAGAAAAUGCGCGGAUUCGUGAUAAGGCCAAAGAGAAUUGUCUUCAUUUUAUCUCACUUUACAUCCCGAUAAAUGAGCGUAUGAUUAACACAAUUAAACCAUAAACCUUCCCGCUAUAAAUAAAUCUGAGAUUCUUGUCAGACCGAAUCUUUCGAUCGUAACAAUGAGUCGUUUGUCGAUCGUCGUUCUUUUGUGUCUUUAUCCCUCUUUCAAAAUCGUCGAGGGUCAGCUCACGGCAAAGCCUAUCUGCACCGAAGAAGGUGCCUUCGAGAUUAACGACGGGACUUGUAAAAACUACUAUCUGUGUGUGGACGAUGGAGAAAAAUUCACGCCGGUGAUGCUAUCGUGCAGCAAUAUCGCCAUAUUCGAUACUUCCAUGCGUAAAUGUGUGCCUGAAGGCACGGCUGUCUGUCAACAAACGACGACAAUGGCACCAUCGACCACGUCGGCACCGCUCUGCGUUAGAUACGGCAGAUUCUCAAUACUGGACGUGGAAUGUAAGAAAUAUUAUUUAUGUUAUUGGGACGGCGCCCGCUAUAUCAUAAUGGACAAUCUUUCGUGUCCGAACGUCCUGGUAUUCAACCCAACCUCCGAAAAAUGUGUACCGCCACAAAUGUAUACAUGUCCAGGAAUAACCGAGGGGAAAUAGGGACGAUGGAACGAUACAACCAUACUGUGUGCGUUUACAAUCUAUAAAAUGCUUAUGUAUUAUUUUAUUAAAUGACGGCGUGCGCUAAAUUCAACACCUAUUGUACAUCUGUCAUUAGAAGGAUCACUUUGUGUGAUCGAAACGUCUCGAGAUAAUUAUUUAUAUUUCGAUGUAUUAAAUUUUAUAUAUUUCACACAUAACGUCUGUGUUGACUCCUAUUGCCUAUUUCUUGGUCCGUUUUUUAUAAAAUGUUUGUGUAGUUUCACAAAAUUGUAUUGUAUAAUCAAUCACCAUGAAUAUUAACAAUUAUUAAAUUGUUUGUCGAAAUAGAAAUAAAUAUUGUAUUUAUUGUCCAAAUUCAUGUUUCCUCUAAUUAUACGUGUUUGCUGAUUAAUAGGAAAUUGAUUGAAAGUGACAAAAGAAUUAUAUCGUAUAUGUAAAAAAUGCUAUACCAAUUUUCGAUAAAGAGAGAUUAGAGAU